AUGAACUCGCCAAAAAGUUACGACCAAUUGGGAAACUACGCUGGCAUCGCAGCCAAAGACCGUGACAAGAACCAUGUCUUUGAUGGACGUGACGACGAGAACAGGGUGAACAAGGAAUCUUUUGAGCCUUCUCUUGCUGAAGAUCAAGAUCCAUCCAACAUUUACCUUUAUGACCGACCGCAAAUCCGUGCUGAGCAGCAAUCCACGGAAUUGGACCCACAGGAACAUGCUCACGAACAGACUCACCACGCCCAAAUCGAGGAACCAGCGUCGUUGGAAGAAUUAAACACCGAAACCGGCUCACACGACCAGCUUGCAAUUAACGUACAGGACGCAGAGUUUGCAGGUGUGUCGAUCAAGCCACAACACGAAACCGAACAAUCACAGUCACAAGCACAACCGCCUGCCACGAUUGGGGAGCAUGCUAGUAUAGCCACAAAUCAUAUAACGGACAUUGAAAAUCCAGUCGCAGGAACGACAGUGGGCUCGCCAUUUAACCCCAAAAGCGCCGAACAGCCGUUUUACGUCAACGCCAAGCAAUAUUACCGGAUUUUAAAGAGAAGGUACGCGAGAGCCAAACUCGAAGAAAAUCUCAAAAUUUCGCGGGAACGAAGACCAUAUCUACACGAGUCACGGCACAAGCACGCGAUGCGCCGGCCCAGGGGCCAAGGUGGCCGUUUUCUGACCGCUGCAGAGAUCGCUGAGCUCAAGCAAACAGAAGAACCUUCGCCUGUACUGAAUAUUCAACAGCAAGACCCAGCUGCCAAUGCCGCGAGAAAAGAAUCUGUUGAUGGUCCUCCCCUGCCGAGCCCGCCCAACGAGGCCGACAAAAUAAUAGCGAAGGGCAAAGGAGUUUCUAAUGAGUCCGUACAACAUUGA